AUGGCAUUCCUUUUCAAAAGAAAUCCUAAAACACCUCCGGAGCUCAUCAGAGCACUUAAUGAUCAAGUGGCAAAGCUAGACUCGACCACAGAUAACAAGAAAUAUCAGGACGAAGCAUCAAGAUACUUACAUCAAGUUAAAGUCAUUCUUCAUGGAGAUGAUGAAAAUGAUCCACAACCAGACCAAAUUUCUCAAUUAGCUCAAGAAGUAUACACUACAGAUUGUCUUUAUCAUCUUAUUUGUAGUUUAAGAAAAUUAGAUUUUGAUUCAAGAAAAGAUGUUCUUAUACUUUUCCUGACUUUAUUGAGAAGACAAAUAGGAAGCAAAUCACCAACCGUGGAUUAUUUACUUUAUUCUAAACCAGAAAUCUUAAUUAAAUUACUUCAAGGUCCUGAACAUCAAGAAACUGGACUUAUUUGUGGUCAAAUUUUACGUGAUUGUAUAAAAUUUGAACUGAUAACUCAUUAUGUUUUAUCUCAUCAAUUAUUUUGGAAUUAUUUCAAAUAUUGUCAAAUAUCAAUCUUUGAAAUUGCAACUGAUUCAUUUGCAACUUUCCAUGAUUUACUUACAUUGCAUAAAAAAUUGGUAUCUGAAUUUUUAGCAAAUAAUUAUGAAUUAUUUACUCAAAAUAUUAAUCAAUUAUUACAACUGCAAAAUUAUGUUACUAAACGUCAAAGUGUACGACUUUUAGCAGAAUUAGUAUUACAAAGACAAAAUCAAUUUUUCUUAAAUCGUUAUUUUGAUGAUCCAAAAAAUUUAAAACUUAUUAUGCUUCUUCUUAGUGAUAAACUGAAGAAUUUACAAAUUGAAGGUUUCCAUAUAUUUAAAUUUUUCGUUGCAAAGCCAAAGAAAUCACAAAAAAUUUUAGAUAUACUUAUCAAGAAUAAGGAAAACUUUCUUGAAGUAUUCAAAACUUUUGAUGUGAAUUAUGCAAAUGAUCCAAAUUUGAUUGAUGAACGAGAUUACAUAUUAUGUGAAAUUCAAAAGCUACCCGAUAUAGAAAAGAUUAGAUCAAGCUAG